AUGGAUGUCAUCCUUCCGCUCCAUCUGACUCUGGCACCCACACCCAAUCGCAUUUUCACAAUGUUGCAACAUGGCAACGGGAACGGCGACUAUGGGAACACGUCCGAGUUUCACUUUCUAAUCACUGGCGGAUAUCGGCCAGAGACGAAUAAUCUGGUCAAGUAUGUGGUGUCGGUGCGGACCAACAGGGAGCGCAAGUUCUUUGGCGAUAAUCACUUUUGCGGCGGAGCAGUCGUAUCCUCGACGGUUAUAUUGACAGCUGCUCAUUGCCUCUACUCGGGCACCACGCGGAUAAAGGCCAGCAGGAUGCAGGUUGUGGCCGGUACACCGCGACGGCUGCAGCGCACAGGGCAAACGCAGGUGAGAGAUGUCCAUGCGGCGAAGCCUCAUCCCAAGUACACACCAAAGCGACUCAAGAACGACAUUGGCCUGCUGCUGCUCAAGAAACCCCUCAAUCCCAACGGGCACUUUGUGCAAAUAAUUCCUCUAUCCACCGCCACGCCACAGCCCGGCUUGAAGUGCACCGUCGUUGGCUGGGGCACAGUAAUACAGUUUGGUCCCACGCCCGACGAGGCCGUCAAUGGUGAUGUGUCCGUCAAUGACAAUGCCUUCUGCGACUCACUGGAGGGCUUUGGCAAGGGCAUGAUUUGUGCCUCGGACGCCGCCGAUCACGAGGUGGACAGCUGCCAGGGUGACUCCGGUGGCCCCCUCAUGUGCGAUAACAUUGUUGUUGGCGUCGUCUCAUUCGGCGCCGGCUGCGGCGAACCCAAUUCGGCCGGCGUCUACUCAAACGUUUACUACUUUCGUGAUUGGAUAAAGACAAACAGCAGCACUCGAUAUGAGGUAGCCGUCAACCUGCAACUACUCCUAAGCCAGCUGCUUUUGCUGCUGAUUCAUGGCAACCAACCCCACAUCCGGGAGCACCCCAUCAACACGCUGGACCAAGAGGAUGAAACAAUCGCUGCAAAAGCCGCAAAAGGACAGGCGGGCAUCCUCAUCCAACGAUGCUCCUCCUCAUGA